GUAGACAAAGUGAGGGAGAAAGAAUUGACAGGGAAAGAACAAGAAGUGGACACAGCUGCUACAUACAUUUUUGAAGUUGGUAGAUCAUUUAUUUUGACUGAUUAGUGAGUUUGGUUGAGGUAAAAAAAGACUACAUAAGAAGACUAGCCUACAAUUAAGAAUCGCUUCAGUGAGGAAGAUGAUGGUGAAACAGACCAUUGCGAGGGCAUUAGUGGUGUCACUGGGGUGCAUAGCCAUCAUUGCUCUAAUCCUCACAGUAGUCCAGCAUCAGUCGCUGGUUGUGCCUCAUCGUUUGCAGUAUGGGAUGGUAUUUGAUGCUGGAUCAACUCACACAUCACUGUACAUAUACCGGUGGCCUGGAAACAAAGAAAACAACACUGGGGUGGUUUCACAGGCACUGGUCUGUGAUGUCGAUGGACUUGGUAUCUCUAGCUAUGCCCAGAACCCUCCUGCCGCUGGGAUAAGUCUGACGAAAUGUCUGGAAAUGGCCAAGAUUGCUAUUCCUGAUGGUCAACAGACAGCGACCCCGGUGUACCUGGGGGCCACUGCUGGCAUGCGUCUCCUGCAGCUUACAAAUCAAACACAGACUGAGCAGGUCAUGGAGCAGGUGGCAAAGGUGAUUCAGAGUUUUCCAUUUGACUUCCGAGGCGCCCGUAUUCUCUCAGGUAUAGAGGAAGGGGCUUAUGGAUGGAUCACUGUCAACUAUCUACUAGAGGGUUUCAUCAAGCAUUCCUUUGACGGAGAGUGGGUACGCCCUAAAGGAAGGAAGAUUCUAGGGGCUCUGGACAUGGGAGGCUCUUCCACUCAGAUUGCCUUCACACCUGUAGACGCUGUGCGAGAUCCUGCCACUGCAGCAAACCUGAAGUUGUAUGGUCAUAAAUAUGAGGUGUACACCCAUAGUUAUCUAUGUUAUGGUAAAGAUCAGGCUAUGAAACAGCUACAAGCACAUUUGCUGGAGAUGAGUGGCCUUGCAAAACCAGUCAACCACUCCUGUUUCCCCCUUGGUUACAAUAUGACAAUUACCAUGGGUAAUCUCUAUGACUCCCCUUGUGUUGCCAAACCAACUUGGUUUGACCCUACUGCAGUGGUCACCUUUGUUGGGACCAGUGAUUCAGCCCAAUGUCUCAGCUAUAUGAGGAGUAUCAUUAAUCUCACAGCUUGCUCUUUUGCUCCUGACUGUGGCUUCAAUGGAGUCUACCAGCCCUCUGUCAGUGGGGACUUCUUUGCUUUCUCCGCAUAUUUCUACACUUUUGACUUCUUGGGACUGAGCCCUAAAGCUCCGCUGCCUAAGGUUCUCACCACUAUAGAUACCUUCUGUAGAAGGACAUGGGCUUCGCUCAAGACGGAAUAUCCAAAAGUUAAAGAAUCCUAUCUUCGUGAGUACUGUGCCUCAGCCCAUUACAUGAGAACAGUGCUAGUGGAAGGUUACAAAUUCAACGCUACCUGGGAAAAUAUAUACUUCCAGAGACAGGUUGCUGAUACAGAUAUUGGCUGGACUCUUGGAUAUAUGCUGAACCUGACCAAUCUGAUACCUCCAGAUCGCCCCCCAGUGGUGACAGGGGUGCAGCACAGUCAGUGGGCAGCUGAGGUCUUCUUCAUUGUCUUUGCAGUCUUCCUCAGUCUUUUGGUUCUAGCCGUCCUCUGGAUCUGGACACCAAAUAAAUGAGUUCUGGGAUGAGGUGAUCAAGACCUGUUCACCCUCUAUUUUAUAAAACAUAGUCUUAUAUUCUC